GACUCCGAAAGCCUGCAAGUCCGGGCAGCGGCUGCAUACCUCCGACACCGGCGUCACCCAGACGGCGCAUCCCUCGGCGCAGAAAAAACCCUCUUUGUUCAUAACAGCGGCGAGGACGGAGGAAAGAGCGUCGCUUAUCAGCCACAUCGCCCGUUAGGGGAAGCCAGCGCUGCCUUAUCAUCCCCGGACAUGGACUCCGAUGAUAACUGGAUCCCAGAGGACGUGGCCCGCUGGCUGGAUCACAUCGGUGUUCAGCAUCAGUCCACAAAUGUCCCAAGAGAAAAUGAAGUGGACCAUCUUCCGCAUCAAUACCUCCCGGACGACAUGGGUUGCCCUGGUUACUGCCACCUGCACGUCCCUCUCGGGGGGUCCGAGGGCUACGCCUACUGCGGGCAGGAGCAUGUGGUGCAGGGUGACGGCUGUGACCCGCCUCCUCUGACUGGCCGGUACUACAUCAGCACAGACCGGGAAUCAGGUGAGGAGUCCCGCUUUGGCCCAGCCACCGUGCUCCCCCCCGAGAGUGAGAUGCGGGGGUCCGAGGAUGUGUCGUCUAGCACGGUUCUGCAGCGGCUGAUGCAGGAGCACCUGCGUUAUGGCGGCCCGGCUGGAGACAGCGCCGCUCUGAGCGGUGUGCCACCCCCGCCGCCCGCCUCCGUUGCUCAGGCCUCGCACCCGGGCCCCGGGCCCCCGUCCCCCUCUGAGGGCCCGCUCCAGGACGACCCACAGAUGGUGCAGCAGUCGGCCCGGCAGGAGCCUCAGGGUCAGGAGCACCAGGUGGACAGUACCACCAUGGAGAAGCAGGGGGGUCGCGUCUCGGGGCCACCGCCGCCACCCAGCCCAGGACAGCAGCCCCCGCUGCAGGUCAUGGAGGAGCUGCCCAGCUACGAGGAGGCCAAAGCUCAGUCGCAGUUCUUCCGCAGUCAGCAGCCGGUGUCUGUCGGCCCAGGUUACUACGUACCGGCGGCCGCGGCCCCCACAGCCCCACCCAGCCCGCCUCCCCCCAGCUCCUCCCUGCCCUGUGUGUCCCCCCUGAAGGCGCGCACGGAGGGCCGGGCGUCCCUGAGCCGCGGGGCCCCGGCGCCCCCCCCGCAUCGCGACGAGGCGCUGCUGGAGCUGAAGCAGGGCCACGUUCGCUCUCUGAGCGAGCGGAUCAUGCAGAUGACACUGGAACGCAAUGGAGGUCGGCAGCAGGCCUCCGGCUGUGGCAGCCUGCCCAGCCAAGCCUCCUCCGGCCGGGCCCCCAAAGCCGGCCUGCCCCCCGCCAAGGCCUUGGUGGACCCCCGGGGCCCCCCACCGGAAUACCCCUUCAGGUCUAAGCAGGCCCUCCCCUCCAUGGGAAAAUCCCCGCUGGCCCCGCCCACAGAGCACGGGUUGGCCGUCAGUGACUCCCACGCGGGUGGCAUGAUGGACCUUCCCAAGUCCUACUUGCGCCCCCAGCCCACCAGGACGGAGAUCACCUACGUCAGAUACCCUUCACCCCCAGAGUACUUCACCAGGCAGUUCCCGGUAUCGCCUCUACAGCAACACAGCCCAACAUCCUCGCAGGUCUCCACCCUGCCAGCGUCGCUGGCCCCCCAGCCGGCCCUGGGGCCCGGCGUCCCUCAGCACCCUGGGGACGCUUUCGCCAUUGUGGCCCGAGCACAGCAGAUGGUGGAGAUGUUGUCAGACGAGAACAAGAUGCUGAGGCUGGAGAUGCAGGGCCAGAGUGAGAAGGCGAGCAGGCUCCAUCGGCUUGAGAGUGAGAUCCAGAAGAUCUCAGAGGCUUACGAGGGUCUGGUGAAGAGCUCAACCAAGAGGGAGUCUCUGGACAAGGCCAUGAAGAACAAGCUGGAGGGAGAGAUCAGGAGACUGCAUGACUUCAACAGGGACUUGAGAGAUCGCCUGGAGACAGCCAAUCGGCAGCUGGCCAGCAGGGACUUGGAGAGCAGUGAUGAAGGCUGGCCCUUAGGUCUCCACGUCUCCCACAGCAGGGAAAGUGCAAAAGAGCGAGAGAAGCUGGAGAUGGAGGCUGCGGCUCUGCGUUCAGCCAGCGAGGACCAGCGGCGGCACAUCGAGGUCCUGGAACAGGCGCUUAGCAACGGUCAGGGCAGAGUGGUCAAGCUGGAGGAGGAGCUGCGGAAGAAGCAGGUGUAUGUGGACAGAGUGGAGAAGCUCCAGCAGGCGCUCAGCCAGCUGCAGGCUGCCUGCGAGAAGCGGGAGCAGCUGGAGAGGCGUCUGCGCACACGCCUAGAGCGCGAGCUGGAGUCGCUGCGGACACAGCAGCGCCUGGGUGGGGUGUCGCAGAGUACCGCGUCCUCGGGGCGUAGCGCCCCUGCCCUGAUGGAGCUCCUGAGGGAGAAAGAGGAGCGCAUCUUGGCACUGGAGGCUGACAUGACCAAGUGGGAACAGAAGUACCUGGAGGAGAGCGCCAUGAGACACUUCGCCAUGGACGCGGCCGCCACUGCCGCCGCACAGAGGGACACAACCAUCAUCAACCACUCCCGCGACGGCAGCUACAGCGACGGCUCCCUGGAAGCCCGCAUCUGGCAGGAGGAGGAGGAGAUCCUGCAGGCCAACCGACGCUGCCAGGACAUGGAGCACAGGAUCAAGAACCUCCACGCCCAGAUCAUCGAGAAGGAUGCCAUGAUCAAGGUGCUACAGCAGCGCUCCCGCAAGGAGCAAGGCAAGGCGGAGGCCACGCCCCUACGGCCUGCACGCUCCGUGCCCUCCAUCUCCGCAGCGACUGGCCUCCACCCGCGCCAAGCCUCCCAGACGGGCACUGGCGGUCCGGAGGACAGGAGAGAGGGGCGCAGCUGGAAGGGCAGUGCCAAUGCCCUCCUUGGAAAAGAGGCCAUGGAGGCCCCCGCUACCGCGUCCUCCCUGCCGGCCACGCCCCUGCUCUCCGCCCACUCGAAGACGGGCAGCCGGGACAGCUGCACGCAGACUGAAAGGAGCCCCGAGACGCAAAGGGCCACCUCCAUUGCGGGCCGUUCCCGCCUGGGCAACACGCCCAGUGGCAGCCCUGUCUUCCGCCAUACCUUACCGAGGGGUGGGCCAGACAGCACAGAGAGCCCACCUGCCUCCACAAAGCCCACAGACCUCAAACCCCCCAGUGGGGCAGGUCAGAGGCCGGAACUGCCGGACGCAGACGUGGUGGAAAUACUGAUCUGAGCUGGUGCCCAAUCUUGCAAUACAAGGCACUUACAGAAGGACGGGAAAAGAACGAGUGAGAUGAAGAGAGAGAGAGAGGAGGAGUGCAGCUGAAGGGCAUCCCCAGGACAGGAAAAGGGUUUAUAUUCCUUACCGAGUCGGCUCUGGAAGAGCACUGGAGGUUGUGACAUCAUCUUUGGCCCCUAUGGAAAGGCUUCUGGAAAGUUCCAUGGAAAGAGUCUCCUCUCCCAAGGACAGUAAGCAGGAUGGGAGGAGGUGGUGGAUCUUAGGACAGUCAUAAAACACUUUGCUUGUU